CAAAACUACAGUAAUUCAGUAUGGCACAAUGUCUAUGGUUCAAAUUUUUAAAACGUAUCAUCCGUCGUAGUAUAGACAUAAGGUGAAAUCAUCCUAAAUGUAAAUGAGUCACGAUAUUUUUGCAGACUGUAUGCCUCAUUUUUAAUGUCAAAAUACAGAGGUCAAAAUAUUUUUAAAGCAACAUCUCUGAGUGACAUCUCGGACGCAAUUAUUAAACACCGGGAAAAAACCCAGGCGAAGAACCGGUGGGAUUUUAGUACCUUGUUACAAUUGCAAAGCGAAAGUUUUGUCUAUCACCAAACUAUGGCCACAGCGCUCACUCAACUGACUCAAGCAACUCAGGUUCGACCACCAGAACUUAAUUGCACGCUCCUAAAAUUGGAGGAUAUUAAUAUCGAAUUACAUGAAUGGUCACAACUCAAAUCGACAGAGAUUCUGUUAAUAUCAGAUGACAACGCAUUCAUUGCUUGCUAUUCACGUAUGGAAAAAAUUCAACGAGGUUACUUGCCAAAACUGGGAAUGGUAGAUUUUGGUCAAUUUAGCGAUGAGAGUGGUCGAAAUGUGAAAGUUGCAUUGAUGAGACAUGAAAGGGGAACGAUGGAAACUCAGAUGACUGUGAAAAAUGCUGCUGAUGUUUUGCACCCCAAAGUCACCCUUUUGGUCGGAAUCUGUGAAACCAUGAAACCGAAAAUGGCAAAACUUGGUGAUGUUGUGAUUUCUGCAAAAUUGGCAACUUAUGAUGGUAUGAAAUUCAGGUCAGACGGCACAGUAGAGUAUCCUGGCCCUAAGCCGCAUGUGAGUCGGAAUAUGGCAAGAUUGAUUCUGUCUGCGGCUGAUGGUUGGAAACCACCAUUAAAAGACCCAGACAGUUUUAAAGUCGAAGUUCAUCGAAAAGCUUUGAUGUUAAGUGGCUCGGAUUCUAUUGAAAAUAAAAAAAUACUAAAUGACAUAAAAAACAAUUUUCCAGAUGCACUUGUAAUUGAAAUAGGGGGAAUAGGUAGGUAGAAGCCUCCUACAAGUGAGUGCAUGGUUCUGCCAUCUGUGUACUCCACACCAAAAAGGCUUAAAGCCAGUGAAUAAAUAUGGUUAGAAAUGUUUAACAUUUUUAGCGUGAAUGUGAAAGGCUCAUAUGCACAACUUGGCUGCUGAAUACAUUAGCAGGAGAUAUAUAUAAAAUGAUCAGGUCUUCUAAUCGCACCAAGUGUUUUUUAUUUUGUGCUUAAAUUUUAGGUUUAUAUAAGGCAGCACAUGAUCUUAAGAUGGAAUGGUCCAUUAUAAAAGGUGUAUCAGAUUUGGCAGGUGGAAGUGAUUUAGAAGAGGUGGCAAAUCUUUGGAAGCAAUUUGCUAGCGUAAUGGCGACAUCUGUUGUACACAAUACGUUCAAAUGCCCUAUUGUGCUACAAGACUGGCCUCACUGCAAAGAAUCAGAAGACAUUCAAAGUAUGUAGUCAUUCUUCUAUACUGGAAUGAAAU